UUGUAACACCAUGGCGUUUUACCGCACAGUGUUACUUUAAUUUAAAAAGUGUAGAUAUGGAGAUGUUCGCUUGAAAAUAAAAACUUAAUUUGCAGUAAAAACUAACAAACAAAAAAGCUAAUAACAAUGGAAUACGAUAUUCUAGAUAUACUAGACGAUCUUGGGUACACAGGGCCUCUGCUGGAAGAAGACGCACUUGCAAAAGCUGCAGAACAUGGUUUGUUUUCUCCCGAGUACAUGAACCUCUGUCUGUGGUUAACUUCACAGCUGAAACAUCUGACUCUGUUGGAAGAGAGCAUCAGUGCCUCUGCAGAUGAUCCAGAGAGUUUCCAGUUGGAGGUCAGUGGCCUCCUCAAAGAGAUGGACUGUCCGUAUCCAACACUAAUCUCUGGAGAUAUAAAGGACAGACUGAAGAAAAAAGAAGACUGUCUGAAACUGAUUUUAUAUUUAAGCUCAGAGCUUCAAGCUGCAAGAGUUCUUCAGGGCAAGCUUUCGCAAGUCCACUCAGCUGAGGGGAAAAGUGAAGUGAAUCUGGAUUUAAAAGCCAUCUGUAAAACCCUGAAGCUGUCUGAACCCAGUAGCAUGACAUCAUCUCAGUUAUUUCCAAAUAUAGAAACAAAGAUAAAGGAUAUCCUUGCAAAAGUCCCAAACAGCUGUGUGGGAAAGCCAAUAUUGAAGCAGACGCUAACCAUGGAUCAGUGGGUGAAACUGGAGAAGAUUAAUGCAGUGCUUUCUGGAGAGUAUGAAUGUCGCAGAAGGAUGCUGAUAAAACGGCUGGAUGUCACAGUGCAGUCGUUCAGCUGGUCUGAGAGAGCGAAAGCACAGACCGACAACACGGCGAAAGCAUAUCAGCCCAAAAGACACGCACUGUCUAUCCAGUCCCUCAUCAGUGUUGCACAUCUGCUGGCAGCACGAGAAGACCUUUCCAAUAUCAUAAAGACAAGUAGUGGAUCUACUCGAGAAAGGACAGCAUGUCCUAUUAACAAGAUUCUUAUGGGCAAAGUCCCGGAUCGAGGAGGCCGACCGUCUGAGAUUGAUGCCCCUCCUCCAGAAAUGCCCCCCUGGCAGAAGAGGCAAGAUGGGGGAGGCAGAGGAGGGUGGGGUGGAAGAGGAGGAGGAGGAGGAGGGGGGUUUAGAGGGAGAGGGGGCCACGGUGGGGGGUUUAGAGGGAGAGGGGGCCAAGGUGAGGGUUAUAGAGGAGGAAGGCAAGGGUACAGUCGUCACUGGGUAUAGAAAUUGUACAGGUGUUUCAUUGGACACUUGAACAGACCCGAAUCACAGUGAAGUUGGGUGCCUCUUUUGCUGCAAAAAUUCAUAGGGAUAAGUGAAUUAUUCAGUUCACACCUCUAAUUAAGAUGUUCACCCUGUACUGUGGGAAGAGUAGCUGUAGGUAAGAACAUUUGAUGGUUUAUUUAUAAAGAAAUGUAGUUUGGAGAUGUAUUGGCCAGGUAUUCUCCAUAAUUGUGUCAAAAGGUGGCGCACUUUGAGUUGGAUUCUAAAAGGAAAAUUAGUUUGGAGUUUAUUGUUUCUUAAAUUAAACCAUUUGUAUUUUAAAAUGA